GCGAUGACCAAUGAAAGCUCACCAUGUUUGGGCAUGGGCUUGGUUUUUUGCCUGCAUUAAAGCCCAAACUGCCCUUUUCCCCAUCGCCUUACGCCAAGGGUAGGGGGUGUGCAUAGGGAGAAAUUAACCUAUGCUUAAAACUUUCUUUAGUGAAAGUUCAUACUUACACCUUUUUGUGUUUUAAACCUCUUUUCACUCGCGUAUUUAAAGCGCGCCGAGGUUUUUUUCCACUGCUGAUUUUUCAUUAUAAUAAGGCAACGUAACUUGAUUCAAGAUGAUUGACACAGUGACAGGACCCGGUGCACAGCCCUUUGCAGUUCAGCUGAAGGCCCUGACAGAUCUGGAGGGCCGAUACCAACCAAAGCUUAGCGGCUUGAGGCUCAUUGAGGGCUCCCAGGACAAUGGCCUCAGGAUGACCACCAGACUGAGGGAGCUGGAGGUGAAGGACCUGCUCUCUCUCACCAGGUUCUUUGGUUUCAGCUCAGAGACCUUCUCACUGGCCAUCAGCUUGCUAGAUCGAUUCCUCUCUGUAAUGAAGAUUCAACCAAAGCACCUGUCCUGUGUGGGCCUGUGCUGCUUCUACAUUGCAGUGAAGUCUGCAGAAGAGGAGAAGAACGUGCCUCUGGCCAAUGACCUGAUCCGCAUCAGUCAGAAUCGCUUUACGGUGUCUGACAUGAUGAGGAUGGAGAAGAUCAUCCUGGAGAAGCUCUACUGGAAGGUGAAGGCCCCCACAGCCCUGCGCUUUCUCCGCCUCUUUCACAGCCACAUUCAGGAGCAGCUCGACGCUGAGAGCAAGAAGAUACUGAGCCUUGAGAGAUUGGAGGCUCAGCUGAAAGCCUGUCACUGCUCAUUUGUCUUCUCCAAAAUAAAGCCAUCUCUGCUUGCCAUGGCUCUACUGUGUUUUGAGGCCCAGGAAGAACAUGACCCUGAGCACACUGACAAAAUACCAGAGACCCUGAAAAGUCUGCAGCAGCAGCUGAAUAUCAGAGACGGGGACCUGGUUUGUGUGCGGGAGUUGGUUGGAAAAUGCCUGGCUGAAUAUGCCACCACCAAGUGCUCCAGGCCUAACAGCCACAGGCUUCGCUGGACUAUUUCUGGAAGAACUGCACGUCAGCUGAAGCACAGCUACUACAAGAUCACUCAUCUUCCCACCAUACCUGAGUCAGCUUAUUAAACCUGGGGGUACGAAGGGGUGACCUUACAUGCAGAGAAAAAUUACAACUGUCCCCAAAUGACUUAUGUUCUCUGAUUGGAUGUAACUUUUUUGGGUGACUUUCUUGCAGUAUGGUCACCCCCAUACAGCUUAUUUUCCUUACAGACCUUUAUCUGUAAUGAUCGAAUUUCUUUAAGGAAAAGCUAAAAAUGUUAGGAUUUUCCCCAAGUUUGUUUGUUGUCAUCCAUUUUUUCAAGCACACUGUAUUAUCUGCCCCAAUGACAAGGAGUAAUGCUUCGUCAGAAAGGUUCAUCUACUACCAUCCUGCUAAGUUUUACUUUCUUGGUUGAGUUGCUUGCACAAGUGUACAGUAUGUUCUUGUUUAAAUCCGUACCACGGUGUUUGGUAUUUCCUGGAACGGGUUGCUGGUUUUAAGCUAAUAAGUAUAGAACCACCUAGGUCCUCAGUCCACCAUGUGGAAGAGGAGGGAGAAGGAUUUUGUGAACAGCAAAAAUGGAACCAAGAAAUCGGGCCCGAAAUCCUUAACUCUCACCCUAGGUUGCUAAACUGUCCUGAAUGCACACUCCUACCCAAGGUGACGUUUUUUUGUUUUGUUUUUUUGAUAUGGCGAGGGUGCUCCGGUGCCGGUUUUCUCCGGUGAAGUGAGGCUUGUGACGACCCCGUCAUGUAUGCCUAACCAUACUGUUUAGAGCUGAAAUGUCAUCAGCGGUUACAGAUGAGUUGUUUUCACAGAUUCUUGAUUUGUGUGAAGCACUGCAUGUAUUAAUUGAUUUCAGUUGUCAAUUAUGCAGAGAACACUAAAAAAAAGUCAUUGCAGUGGAAAAAAGAUUGGAAUUGGUAUUGCAUUUUUCUUUGCCAGUUUCUCUGUCUAGUUGUAGUUUCUUUUAGUGAAAAGAAUAAAAAUGUGUUCUCCAGUUCAAAAUGGCUAAUUGAAUACACCAUCUGGUUAACCUAUGUGCUUGUACCUUUCAAUAAAACUUUAUUGAAAAGCCA